GAGGCUGUUCACUGAGUAAGUUGAACAUGAAUGCCAGAGGACUUGGAUCUCAGCUAAAGGACAGCAUUCCAGUUGCCGAACUUUCAGCAAGUGGACCUUUUGAAAGCCAUGCUCUUCUUCAAAAAGGUCUUCCUUGUGUGAAAAAUGAACUUUUGCCUACUCAUCCUCUUGAAUUAUCAGAAAAAAAAUUCCAGCUCAACCAAGAUAAAAUGAAUUUUUCCACACUGAGAAAAAUCCAGGGUCUGUUUGCUCCACUCAAAUUACAAGUGGGAUUCAAGGCAGUGCAUCAGGUUCAGCGUCUUCCAUUUCCUCCAAGCUCAAACCUUUCACAGGGUAUUUUGAGGGGUCAUGAUGAGACUCUUGGAUUUGAGGAUAUUCCUAAUGACCUGUCACAAAGUGAACUAAUGGGAGAACCACCCUUGAUGGUGGAAUAUAAACUGGGUUUACUGUAA